AUGAGGCUGGACAUGGAACAGCGAUCCCGCCAGAGCUUCGUGCGUCGAAUUAUGCGUUCGGAGAAGAAGAAUUAUCGGAACCAUAGUGAUGAGUUGCAGGAUGGGCCUGCACUCCCAUUUCCGUUCCCAACUCAGCGUAAUCUCGAGGGCCGUUCGGGAUCUGGAAGCUACCGGGAAGAUCACUCAUCAGCUUAUUAUCGCCGCAAGAAGCCGGACUGUCCAUCACCCGCCAAUAUUCAAUCUAUUGCCUGCCCCGGGUUAGCCGGCACCCGAUCGACACAGCCGAAAGGCCAAGGCAAUGAACAACGAGCGCAAGGGCAGGGUAGUGAAGGUCCACAAAGCAUCGAGCGCAGACCAAUACGGAUAAAUGAUCGUCCAUAUUGUUCUCAGAAAUGCCAGCUUGGGCUGAGAGACGGAGGAUAUCUUGACCCGUUAUGCCCAAACUUUCAUGGUCACAAGGGGAUGAAUCUUCCCAUCCUCUAA